AUCAUGCUGGAACCUAUAUCUGUCAUGCAUCUAACUCAUAUACUGGCUUGAAUAGCACCAAACACAAGACUCUUACAAUCUAUGCCAAAGAAAAGAAUACUACACUCUCUGCAGAGGACAAGAAUUUAACAAUUAAUGCUGAGUUUACAAUCUAUGAGAACUUGAUGAAGCACAACAAAACUAUCAAUAGCACCAGCUUUGUCAUAGAGAAUGGCACUGCAGUCUUGACAUGUAACACAGAGGAUGAAGAUUUACCAGAUAUUUGGUGGUACUUCAAUAAUAAGAGACUGAUCCUCAAUGACAGGAUGACUCUGUCUGAGUAUGGCCAGACCCUCACCAUCAUGCCUGUGAAGAGAGAAGACAGUGGAGCCUAUCGUUGUGAAAUGUGGAAUCCAUUCCUUGUCCAUACAAGUAACUCAUUCAACCUGGUUGUCAGCUAUGGGCCAGAGGAAAUCAAGAUUCUUCCAAAGCAUGUUCAUGGGCAGAUUGAGGUCUUACUCAAAAAGAAGCUGAUUUUAGAGUGUUGGGCUAAUUCUCAGCCACCAGCCCAGUACAUAUGGCAAGUGAAUGGUUCUUCUAUAUCUGGAAAUUCAGGAAACACUUACACAAUCUCCCAAGCAUCGUGGGAACAUGCAGGAACAUAUACGUGUGUAGCAAUGAACAAAGUGGCUAACACAACUAUCUCUACAAAGAUCACAGUCAAGGUGAUUGAGGCUUCAGGAGGCUCCUCACUCUCUGGAGGCACCAUAACUGUCAUUGUGGCUGGAGUCGUAGGUGGAGUAGUUCUCAUCGGGGCUCUCAUCUAUUUCCAGUUCAUCUUAGAACCUGCAGGAGAAGUACUUGAUGAAACCCACCUUAACUAUCAGUAGCAUCGGCAUCAUCAUGGAUAAUGGCACUGUGGUCUUGACAUGUAAUGCAGAGAAUGAAUAUUCGAGUAUAGCCAGAGAGAAUGCUGGCACCUAAGAAAUGGAGCAUCCUUUUUGUAAAGCAACCACGAGACCAGU